GGUGGUGGGAGUGGGAGCUUCAGAGAUGGCUCCUCUCUUUUGUCUUCCUCUUCCCUCUCCCGACCGAGCUUCUUCUUCAUCACUUUUCACUCGAGGGCUCCAUUGAAACACUCACGCUUCCGCUAGCCGAAGAGCACGUGACGUCCUUGCGCGACCUAAGCAUGUGCGAAAUCGAGUGAAUGAGCAAUGUCACCAUCCACCAUCGCUUCCAUCGCCAUUCUUGCUUCUCUCCUUCUGGUACUCCCAGUACUAACCAGAAAUGGCCCGCCACUCUCAAGCUCUGAAGCAAAUCACAUCAGUAAUACCACCUCAAGUCUCGCCGUUGACAGGGAAACCAAGCUCGGAGCUAGACUAACUCUCCAAGGGCCUCCUGAAGUCCACUCAACUGCCGCGAAGCAGACUGCCAAGACCCGUCAUCAGCUGAAGAAGAUCGUCGCCGUUGGACCAGGAGCUAAUCGAAAUGCAUUGCCCAGUAGCAAGAAAUUAAGGACGACCAGAGUCAUUUUGAGGGGGAAUUCAACACUACAGAGCGAGAACGGCACGUUCAAGCUCGGAUUUUUCAGCACAAACGGGGAUUCGGCUUGGUACUUAGGAGUCUGGUACGCCUCAAUCCCAACUCCGACUUACGUUUGGGUCGCCAAUCGCGGCAAAGCGGCCAAGAAUUUAACGUCGUCGACGCUAGAAUUCACUGACACGGGUCGAUUAGCGGUGAGAGAAUCAGGCGAUUCCGUCUUAUGGCAAAGCGAUAACACGGAAAUGUCGUCGGAGGUCACGUUUUCGGACAGUGGGAACUUGAUUUUGUGGUCGAGCGAAGAGAAGAUCACGUGGCAGAGCUUCGAUUACCCGACGGACACGUGGUUGCCGGGCAUGAACCUCACCAAGGACCGAGUACUGGUUUCUUGGAGGAGCUUGUCGGAUCCGUCACCGGGUCAGUACUCUCUGAGGCUCGACCCAGAUCAGUACGGUGCGUUCCAGCUGAUCUACGACUCCGGGAAGGUGUACUGGUCCACCGGGAACUGGAACCGGGGGGCAUUCUCUGGCGUGCCGGAGAUGACCAUACCGUACAUUUACCAGUUCCACUUCGCCAACCCAUUUAGGCCGACAGCUUCUUUCGGGUACUCCGAGAGGUCGGUGGACAGCGCUUCGGAUCCACCACUGACCCGGUUCCAGGUGGACAUCGACGGCCAGCUCCGGCAGUACACGUGGACGCCGCAGACGGAGAACUGGAACACAUUCUGGUCGGCCCCUGAGAGCCAGUGCAGGGUCUAUGGGCUGUGUGGCAAUUUGGGGUUCUGCAGUAGCAGGACAUUGAGGCCCUGUGAGUGUCUCUCUGGGUUUAGGCCUGUGGAUGGUGAGGGUUGGGAUUCCAGGGAUUACUCUGCGGGUUGUCACCGAGCGAGUGAGCAAAAAUGUGGGAAAGAUGAUGUUUUUGAAGAGGUAGGUGUAAUGGGGUUUGAAGGAGGCGAUGUGGUUUCAUUUUCUGGGAGUAGGAGUCACUGUGAGAAGUCUUGUUUGGGCAAUUGUUCUUGCAUUGGCUUGUGUCACAAUGAGAGGACCAAUUUGUGCAAGAACAUUUAUGGGUCUCUGUUGAAUCUCAGGAACUUGAGUGCGGAUGCUGCUUCUGAGGAUGUGCUACAUGUGAGGGUGCCGAGAGGAGGGAUUGUUAAGAAGAACAUAUCAAAGAGUAUGGUCUUAGUGGCCAGCAUUGUCGGAUCGAUUGCGAUUUUGGGGUUCUCAGCAUUGAUAUUGUCAAUUGCUCGGAAUAGGAGGGAGAAGGACAAAGGCAAAGAUGGAGAUGAAGAAUUUCAGCUGCUCAACUUGAGGGUCUUUUCGUACAAGGAGCUUCACAUGGCCACAAGAGGGUUUUCUGAAAAACUCGGACAUGGUGGUUUUGGCGGAGUUUUCAAAGGAAUUUUACCUGAUUCCACUCCCGUUGCCGUCAAACGCCUCGAAAGGCAAGGUGGUGGGGAGAAAGAAUUCCGCGCCGAGGUGCGCACCAUAGGAAACAUUCAGCAUGUCAAUCUGGUAAGGCUUAGAGGUUUCUGUUCAGAAAACUCUCACAGGCUUCUGGUUUACGAUUACAUGCCAAAUGGUCCUUUGAGUGCAUAUUUACGCAGGGACGGUCCGAAUUUGAGCUGGGAGGUUAGGUAUAGAGUAGCAAUUUGUACUGCGAGAGGCAUUGCUUAUUUACAUGAAGAAUGUAGGGACUGUAUCCUCCAUUGCGAUAUCAAGCCAGAAAAUAUACUACUGGAUGGCGAUUUUUCAGCCAAGGUGUCAGAUUUUGGCUUGGCUAAGCUGGUUGGCCGGGACUUUAGCCGAGUUCUAGCCUCUAUGAGAGGCACGUGGGGCUAUGUUGCACCGGAGUGGAUCUCUGGCGUGGGAAUCACGACCAAGGCUGAUGUUUACAGCUAUGGGAUGACGUUGUUGGAAUUGAUUGGUGGCCGCCGCAAUGUUGAGGCGCCGCCAUCUGCAAGUGGAGAGGGUGGGGCUGGCGAGAAAUGGUUCUUCCCGCCGUGGGCGGGCCGCCAAAUUGUGGAGGGGAAUGUGGCGGCAGUUAUGGAUGACCAGCUUUGCGGGGCAUACAACAUGGAAGAGGCAAAGCGGCUGGCAAUGGUGGCCGUGUGGUGCAUACAGGACGAGGAGGACGCGCGGCCGACAAUGGGGACGGUGGUAAAGAUGUUGGAAGGCGUGGUGGAAAUACCUGUCCCGCCCCCACCCAAGCUGAUACAAGCCCUCGUUUCCGGUGAAUCUUUCCAAGGGAUCAGGGAACAUUCUGGUAUUAGGAUGUCUACAAUUGGUAGCUAUUCCGGGGGCAAUGUGGAAGCAUCUAGUGCCGCAUCUGAAUCUCCUCUUGGUGUUGUCUCUUCCCCAGCAAAUGUAGAAUCACCCGAAUCUUCUACUAACCAAAUUAACCGGCAAGUUUGAAAUUAGUGUCAAGAAUUCAAGGUUUUUGUGCCUCCUGCUCUGGUGCCGUAGUUGCUGUGGCA